UGCUAAGGUCAAGUGGAUUACUAUCUCUUAAAAUCACACCUUUUGGGGGAAAAAGUGUAACAUUUCAGAUCAACUGCAUUCUACAGAAGCUGAAGACAAGGUAUUUCAACUGUGGAUCUACUAAUUAGAGAACAUUUGUUUGAGAAAGGAGAGCUCUUAAAAUUGAGGGAUGAGUUUAAGUGUAGCAGAAAGCUGUGGAAAGAAUGUACAAUACAGGGUAGACCAUCUUCUCAGUGCUGUGGAAAAUGAGCUUCAAGCUGGAAGUGAGAAGGGGGACCCCACAGAAAGAGAACUGAAGGUAACAUUGGAGGAGCGUGAGCUGUGGAUGAGAUUCAAGGAGCUAACAAAUGAAAUGAUUGUAACCAAGAAUGGAAGGAGAAUGUUUCCUGUUUUGAAGGUCAGUGUGUCUGGUCUAGAUCCCAACGCCAUGUACUCUUUUCUGUUGGACUUUGUGGCAGCUGACAAUCACCGUUGGAAAUAUGUAAAUGGUGAAUGGGUACCAGGGGGCAAACCCGAACCUCAGACGCCAAGCUGUGUUUACAUUCAUCCAGAUUCACCAAAUUUUGGAGCCCAUUGGAUGAAAGAUGCUGUCUCCUUCAGUAAAGUGAAGCUCACUAACAAAAUGAAUGGCGGGGGACAGAUUAUGUUAAACUCCUUGCAUAAGUAUGAGCCAAGAAUCCAUAUUGUUCGGGUGGGAGGACCACAAAGAAUGAUCACUAGCCAUUCCUUUCCUGAGACACAAUUCAUAGCAGUAACUGCUUAUCAGAAUGAAGAGAUUACAGCACUUAAAAUUAAGCACAAUCCAUUUGCGAAGGCAUUUCUUGAUGCAAAAGAAAGAAAUGAUCACAAAGAGCUACUGGAUGAUGGAAUAGAUGGUCAACAUACAGGUUACUCACAAUUAGGUGGCUGGCUGAUUCCUGGAUCAGGAUCAUUAUGUUCCUCUGGUAACCCUCACUCUCAGUUUGGAACACCUCUAUCACUUUCAUCUCCUCAUGGGUGUGAGCGAUAUUCAUCUUUGAGGAAUCACCGUUCUGCACCUUACCCCAACCCAUACUCCCACAGGAACAGUUCUUCAACAAGUUUAGCAGAUAAUUCAACUGCCUGCCUUUCUAUGCUUCAAUCCCAUGACAAUUGGUCCAGUCUUCAAAUGCAAACUCACAAUGGAAUUUUACCAAUGAGCCACAGUGGUGCAUCUACUAAUUCAAGCCAAUAUACCAGCCUAUGGUCUGUAAGUAACAACACACUUACACCAGUGUCUCAGUCUGGAGGGAUUCCUAAUGGAAUAGGAUCACAGUACCUGAGAGGUUCCACAGCUCACUACAGUUCUAUUUCCCAUGCUGUACCUUCGCCAUCUCCUGCGUCCCCAUUAUAUGACCACGGAACAGCAACAGACCUUGCAGAAAGCCAGUACGACGUUACAUCACAUACUAGACUAUCUUCACCAUGGGCAACAGUCACACCUCCAUCUAUGUAAACCAAAGACUUGUUUUUUUGAUACUCAGGACUUUUAAGAACAAGGGAGGCCUUGGUGUUUCUUAAAUGGACCUUAGAAUAAAGGGCACCAAAUCUAUGCUGCUUUUACCAAUGAGUUUACUGACUUUAUGACAAUUUGGUGUGGAUCUUGCUGGAGAAUCACAGACUUGCUGUCUCACAAAUCAACUGUCUACAUACUGUAUGUGCUAUGUCUUACCACCUACCAUUUAUUCAAUGUAAAGUAGAAUAUUGAUAGAAAAGUUAAGAAUAUAACCAUUUUCAAAAAAAGGGAAAGUCUGUACAUAAUUUAUCAAACAAAUAUUUAUGCCCUCAAUAAUUGAUUUCCCUCAUAAAUUGCACAUUCAGUUUUAAGGACGUUUACAUUUUAAAUAACUUUGAUUUGUUAAAAAUACAUUUUAUGGUCAAGUCAUUUUAAAAAUAUGACAUUAAAAUAUAUAUCAUAUUACUAAAUUUAUAAUGUUUUCAAUCCAAAAUUCAAUUUUCUAGUAAAAAGGUGCUAUAAGGAUAUAAUUGCUCCGGAGCAGGUUCGCAUACGUGAGCCCGCUACCUGCAAUAUAAGAAGAGGUGGCAAAGAGAAAUCCCAGACAACUCGCUCGCCUGCUUUCUGUGAUUGACAGUCCCUUCUCUCGCAUGAUUGGUCAGAGGAGUGAAAGGGCCGGCAUGACAUACUCAGUUGAGAAGCUGUCUGCAUGCCUUUAAUACAUAGGGCCCUAUGUGUUUAAAGAGACAGUCUACACACAGAUUUUUUUAUUGUUUAAAAAGUUAGAUAAUCCCUUUAUUACCCAUUCCCCAGUUUUGCAUAACCAACAUUAUUACUUUGUAUCUAAUUAUCUGCAGACUACCCCCUUAUUUCAGUUCGUUUGACAGCAUUUUAGCCAAUCAGUGCUGACAGGAGUGAGCACAAUGUUAUCUAUAUGGCACACAUGAACUAGCGUUGUCUAGCUGUAAAAAACCUGUCAAAAUGCACUGAGAUAAGAGGUGGCCUUCAAGGGCUUAGACAUUUGCAUAUGAGCCUACCCAGGUUUCGUUUUCAACAAAUAAUACAUAGAGAACAAAGCAUAUUUGUUGAUAAAAGUAAAUUUGAAAGUUGCAUAAAAUUGCAUACCCUAUCUGAAUAAUGAAACUUUAAUUUUGACUAGACUGUCCCUUUAACCUUUUGAAGAAAACAUAAUAAAAGAAAUGACUGUGUAUAAAUAAAAUGCUCUAAUGAAAUAGAACAUUUUAUUUGAACCCUGGAAUGAAAAUUUUAAGAAAAAUGCUACAUUUUUAAAAAAUGUUCAUGGUAAUCUUAACAAUAACAUUAAAGGGACAUGAAACCCCAACAUUUUCUUUCAUGAUUCAGAUAGAGAAUACAAUUUACUUCUAUUGCAGUAUUUCAUUUGCUUCCUUCUCUUGUUAUGCUUUGCUGAAAGGUUUAUCUAGGAAAGCAAAGGAGCAGCAAAUAACCUAGGUACUAGCUGCGGAUUGGUGGAUGCAUAUAUAUAUAUAUAUAUAUAUAUAUAUAUAUAUACCGAUUGUCAUUGGCUCACCCAUUUGUUCCGUUAGAAAUCAGUAGUGCAUUUCUGCUCCUUCAACAAAUGAUACCAAGAUAAUGAAACAAAUUAGAUAAUAGCAGUAAAUUAGAAAGUUGUUUUAAAUUGUAUUCUUUAUCUGAAUCGUGAAAGAACAUUUUUGAGUUUCAUAUCCCUUUAAUACAAGGGUGAUCAUAAAAUGCAAACACAAUGUAUUGUAACAUUGCAGUGUUUAUUUUAUUAAUAGAAUGUUAGCAUAGUUGGCCAAACUGUAUUUAUUUUUUGACAGGAUUUAUUUUAUGUUUGUUUUGUAAAAUCUGUUUGUAUUGUACAUAUGUUAAUGUUUACUGUUAGACAAUCAGAAAAAAAGCAUGUGAUACAGAGGUAGCACAUAUUAUAUAUUCUGGUAAUGUGUGGGAACAUGACUUAGGCCGGGGACAGAAAAAUGGAAUGCACUAGUGAUUUUUUUUUUUCAUUAGAGCACAUUAGUUGGUGCAAUACUGUUGAAACAAUUCUGAUUUUCAUUAAAAAAAAUACAAAUCUUUGAAGUCCUUUCCUAUCUACUUUGGAAGUUAAAGGGACUUUGAACACUAAAUACAUUUUAUAAGCAUAGUAUUGAGGUUUAGUUAUGGGUGCUGCCAUGUUGAAAUCUAGUUUUCACUACAUUCCAGUGCUGAUGUGUUUGCACAUGUGCAGCAACUCUCCCUCAGAUACCUGCAGUAAAACUUAGGUUCCAAUAUGGCAGCAGCCAUAAUUAGAGGGAGGUGCAUCAUGAAAUGUAUUUAAUGUUUUGUGUCCCUUUAAGGAUGUUUUUGUUACCUGGCUUUUACUUGUCCCCUGCCUCUGAGGCUGCGGUCUUCAAUCCGCCCAAUCCUAUACGAUUGGGCUGAUUGACACCCCCUGGCCGUGAAUCUGCAGAGGGAGGCAUUGCACAAGCAGUUCUGGUGAACUGCUUGUGCAAUGAUAAAUGCAGACAGCAUAUGCUGUCGCCAUUCAGCGAUGUCUAUCGGACAUGAUACGCUAGAGCGAUCAUGUUGGACAGACAUUGGUAAAUCUACCCUAUUGUCUGUUAUUCUUCUCUGUACAAAACCUAACUCUAGUUAUCUCAUUCAUUUUGUAAGAUAGUACUUCCUGAAAAGUGUGCGAAACAUCUGAAGCAUAAAAUACUUUUAUGAUUUA